CGGAUGUGAUGCAAGCGCGCGCAGACCAAGCGCAAGUCUUGAUGACGUCAUCGGAAAAGGCCAGGUGCUGAAUCAUUCGCCGAUAUUUUUUCAUUGCAGCAUACUAGCGUGUUAGCGAUUUGUAAUUUAAACUGGUUAGUUGCUUCUAGUAAAGCGCGACAAAGUUGCGACCGUGUUGUCAAACGGCAGCAGUAUCCUCCCCUAGUUCAGGAAGUUGUGUCAGAGUUACUUGCAUUUGUCUGAGACGGCGAUUCGUGGAAUUGGGAGCCAUAUAUACCAAUCACUAGACGUGGUUUUGAGUGAGUGUCUUUGUUUGUCAUUACACACUGCUCAUCACGUAAAGACGGCGUUAGAACUUAGAGGAGAGUAUUGAUUGUGUCAGUUGAAAGCAGUGAAUGCAGCUAAAGGCGUGUCUACCAUCAGCACUAGGCUUUCAUAGCAGCUACGUCGUCAGCAGAGGGUUUUCAGAGAACAUUCUAGAACUUAUGGUGCAAUGCCUUACUGAGUGUAUGUAUGCACACAUGGAACACGCAGCACAUGACUCACCGGCUGGAAUCACAUGCACUGCAGUCAGAAAGCUGUAAGCUUAUAUGCCUCAUAUCAGGUUUUUGACUUUCAUGCGAGCCUAGCAUCACGAGUGCGUGUUUGUGGAAACUUGGAUCGUCGCCACCCGUAGUCCACGGGCAAGUAGCGUAUAUAGUACGUGACUGAGAGAACUGCCAGUUUACUGAAUAUAUAUGCUGUCGAAUCAAUAGCUCGUGUCUACGUGUACACGUAUCUACAGUGCCUGGAUACUGAGGACUUCAUCAUUUUCUAAGCCUUAAGCCGAGCUCAGUAACUGCUUAUUUUUGACUGUGUGUAACACUAGAGCUCUAUCCAAGACACGAUUGUGCUGUGGUUGCGCGCACGCACACACUGUGCUGGAACGCUCAUCAAUACGUACCUAGUUCUGGUGACGAGGAAAGAUUAAAGCGUCGAUGGCUGAUUGCUGAUCUUCGUCUAUAGCCAAAAACGCCUGGCGAGCAAAACCCGCAGGUGUCGCACCACCACCGCCAGCGAGAGGCGAGUCUUCGCCGGCCGUCCAGUCUGCAGCAACAUUCGCUCGCGCGCCGACCGCCAAGAUGCUGCUGCCAAUGAAGCGCUACUUCACGGACGGCCUCGUCCAGAUCGCAAUCGUCCUCAGCCUCCUGCGCAUUGACCUCGACAUCUACGGCGACAUGGACGACAUCUUCGUGCCCGCGUACGGCGAAGCACGCGUCGGCGGGAUGUCGCUGUACGCAAGCGCGCGGCACCGCGGCGGCGGCGCGAUCGACGGCUACGCGGCGCACCCAAAGAGCGUGGAUCGCGACGCGUCGCCGAUGCUGCGCGAGCUGCAGCGUCUCGGCGCGUACGAGCGUUUCCGCGCGCCGCUCCCGAUGCAGAACGACUUCGUCGCGCUGCUGCUCAACGUUCCCGAGAAUCUCACCGAGGCGGGGGGCGGCGGCGCGGGCGGGACGCCGCAGGAGGAGAGCGUCCCCGCGCAGCCGACCGCCGCGCAGGACGACGACGGCGGUAACCACGACGACGGAUCGCGGGAGGCGACCGCGCUCGGCGCCGUGUCUCCGAAUAGCGAUCUCACGAAAGAGGAUAUGGACCUCAUAGAGAUCCUGUGGCGACAAGACAUUGAUCUGGGAGCACCUAGGGAUGUGUUUGACCCCACACUGCGCAUGGAGCAGAGGAAGAAGGAAGCAGACAGCAACAACAACAACAAUAACAAUGAGACGGCCAUUCCCUCAGACCCCUGGAGCGGGCUUCAGUAUUACAGAGAUGGGGAGACAGGCGAGUACGUGAUGCUGCCACCGCAGCAGCAGCAGCAGGCCCCGUCCGCCGCUCAGCCUGCGGACAGCCGCCACACCGAUGUGGACGAGCCGCCGACCGCCGAUGCCGACUCCGUGACCUUGCAGACGCCAGAGGUCGCCGACGCCGUGGUCCCCCUCCCGCCCGCUGCCGCGCUGCUGUCCGAUCGCCAGCCGUACAGCGACCUGGGCGCCUCGGCCCCGCAGCAACAGCAGCCGCUGGAGUAUAGCGGGCCAAUGCAGGACGUGAUGGAGAUAGGAGCGCUGCAGACGCAGGAGCAUCGCACGCGCGGGGAUUCGGAGAGCACGCGCGCGUCAGAGGUGUCGCACAGCGACUACGAGUCGACGGUGUCGCCCGCGGACGAACAGCAGGAUGGAUACGCAUUCGGUUUCGACCUUGAUCUUGACCUUGAAGAGCUGACCAACAACCUGAACCUGGACACGUGCAACAUGACCACCGUCGCCCAGUUUGACAACUACAUCCAAAGCGGGCAGCGACUUCUGAACGGCUCCGUCGGUGACCAGGUGCAGCCCGCAGCGUUUACGCGCCUCAGCAGCAUAGAGCAGCGUUGGGAGGACGUGGCCAGCGUACUGGAGCUGGACGCCGGCGCUCUGCGGGCGACCGCGACGUGGCCGACCAACUUCUCGGGAGCCGCCGGCAGCGCCCCCAUACAGCCGUCGGACGUACUACUGCAGAACGUGACGCUGGCGUCGCGACUCAGCCGAUAUUGACGAGCUGACCCUAAUGACAAACGCCAGUCGGAGAGCAGGCAGCGACGGCGGCGAGACGAACUACGACCCCGC